CCUCACUCUCCACUCCAUUAUAUACUCCCCCACCUCCCUUCUUCUCCAAAUCCCUCCUCUUCACUACCACAGAGCUUUCAAAGCUCAUCAAUGGAGGCAUUUCUCUGAGUUUCUUAUAACAACUCAGAAACAAACCCCAUUUCCCAUUCCCCAGAGAUCUCUAAAAUAGCGAACCUCAUUUCCAUGGCUUCUCUGCUUCUCCUCUGUUUCAUCCCCUUCUCCGCCGCCGCCCAUGACUACGGCUCUGCUCUGACCAAGACCCUUCUUUUCUUCGAAGCUCAGAGAUCCGGCAUCUUGCCGCGCAACCAGCGAGUCAGUUGGCGUUCCCAUUCCGGCCUCCAAGAUGGCAAAGCCAGUGGGGUGGAUUUGGUCGGAGGAUACUACGACGCCGGCGACAAUGUCAAAUUUGGACUACCCAUGGCUUUCACUGUCACGAUGAUGAGCUGGAGCAUUUUGGAAUACAGAGCCCAAUUGGUUGCCAGUGGCGAGCUUGGCCAUGCCAUGGAUGCUGUAAAAUGGGGGACUGAUUACUUCAUUAAGGCUCACACUGAACCCAAUGUUCUAUACGGCGAGGUGGGAGACGGGAACACUGACCACUACUGCUGGCAGCGGCCGGAGGAUAUGACUACUGACCGCCAGGGUUACCGGCUUGACCCGAGUAAUCCCGGUUCGGAUCUCGCCGGAGAAACUGCCGCCGCCAUGGCUGCUGCUUCUCUCGUCUUCCGCCGCUCCAACCCCGUUUAUGCUAACAAGCUCCUCACCCACGCCUAUCAGCUGUUCGAUUUUGCGGACAAAUACAGGGGCAAAUACGACAGUAGUAUUACAGGAGCUCGGAAGUACUACCCAUCUGUUAGUGGAUACAAUGACGAGUUGCUGUGGGCGGCGGCAUGGCUAUACCAAGCAAGCAACAACCAAUACUACCUGAAAUACCUCGCCGACAACGGCGACUCCAUGGGCGGCACCGGCUGGAGCAUGACGGAAUUCAGCUGGGACGUCAAAUACGCCGGCGUCCAGACCCUAGUCGCCAAAUUCCUCAUGCAGGGCAAGGCCGGCGCCUACGCUCCAGUUUUCCGGCGCUACCAGGACAAGGCUGAAGCCUUCCUCUGUUCCUGCCUGAGAAAAGGGAACCGCAACGUUCAGGUCACCCCUGGCGGCCUCAUUUUCCGGCAGAGAUGGAACAAUAUGCAGUUUGUUACCACCGCCUCCUUCGUCGCCACCGUCUACUCCGAUUACUUGACCUCCUCUGCCGGUUCCUUGAACUGCCCUGCCGGAUUUGUCCAGCCCUCUGAGUUACUUGCCUUCGCUAAAUCUCAGGUGGAUUACAUUCUUGGCGACAAUCCAAGAGCCACAAGCUACAUGGUGGGAUACGGCAACAAUUUCCCCCGCCGUGUCCACCACCGUGGAUCCUCCAUCAUUGCCUACAAAUUCGACUCCAAAUUUGUUGGCUGCCGUGAAGGCUACGCCACCUGGUUCAGCAAGAAAUCCAGCGAUCCAAACGUCCUCAUCGGAGCACUCGUAGGCGGCCCCGACGCCUACGACAACUUCGCCGAUGAAAGAGACAACUACGAACAAACAGAGCCAGCCACUUACAACAACGCCCCUCUUUUGGGCAUCUUAGCUAGAUUCCACGGCGGGCACUCCGGCUACAAUCAGCUCCUUCCAAUAGCCCUUCCGCCACCGCCCAAACCAAACCCAAUUCCCCAAAAACCUUCUUCUUCCUCGAGCCCUGUUGUGAUUCUACAGAGGAUUACCAGUUCAUGGAAGGCCAAAGGGAGAGUUUACUACAGAUAUUCCUCUGUUCUCACAAACAAAUCGUCAAAAACAGUGAGGAAUCUGAGGCUUUCGAUCUCUAAGCUUUAUGGGCCCUUAUGGGGGCUGACGAAAUCUGGGAAUUCUUACACUCUCCCCAAAUGGGUGGGCUCGUUGGGUCCUCAGAAUAGUGUGGAGUUUGUGUAUAUUCACUCUGCAUCAGCAGCGAGCGUCUCUGUUUUAGGCUAUAACUUGGGUUAACAGAGGAAAUGAAGAGGUUUGUGAUAUGAAAACUGUGCAGAAAUGAGGAAUGGAGGAAGAAAGGAGUGAAGAGACGAGGGUUUGUUUUUUCUCUUUAGUUUUUUGAAGAGAAAAGGGUGGUGUGCUCAUCCUCUUUCUUUCCUCUGGUUGACCCAGUGAGUUUCUUGUUUUAAAGGGCAAUGGCUGAGAAUGAAGCAGCUCACUCAUUCUUGUUUUAAAGGGUAUAUUUAGUUUCUUUGUAAUUGGAUUGACAGAUUUCUCUGUUUCAUUGUGUUUUCAUGUUGUAAUCUCUGCAACAUAAUUUUAUCUCCCAUGUUAUAACUUAA